GCAGCAGUGGAGCUGCAGCUGCUCCUGCUGUGUCUGUCUCCCUCUUACACACAGUCUAUGGGCCUGUGCCUUUUCGGCAAAUUAAUGAACUUAAACGGAUGAUAAAGUAAAAGCCAACACUCGGUUUCUCGUUCUACAUUUGUCGCCGCCCUGUCUUUUGCUCUAUAGGUUAGCUAAGUUAGGCUAAUGAAGCUAGCUAGCAUGCUACAGUGACUUUUCCUCCACACGAAGAAGAGGAGGCAGGACAUGGCUUCAUCUUCUGCAGCUGAAAAAGCAACGUGGCUUGAAGGUGAGAUGUGUCUGGCUCCUGACCCGAGAGAUGGCUCCCUGCGAGAAACCACCAUUAAGAGACUGACCACCUCUCAUGAUAGUGAAACCACAGCUUGGGUGGUGUUCACCGACCAUAGUAAAGAUGCAGAAGAGGAGGAAGCUGUACCCGUCUCGAAACUCAUGAGACCAGGCCCCAAUCACUUCACCCAGGAGAAACCUUUGUUUCCCAGCAGCGUCACAGACACCAGGCUAUGUGUCCCCUUAGAGUUAAGUGAUGUUGAUGGGGACAGAGUCCCCUACACCAUCAACAGAUACCUGAGGGAUUACCAGAGAGAAGGUAUCAGUUUCAUUUACAACAACUACAUCUGUUCCAGAGGUUGUAUCCUGGGGGACGACAUGGGCCUGGGAAAAACUGUCCAGGUCAUUGGUUUCCUUGCUGCUGUACUGCACAAAACAGGCACGUGGGAGGACAUCGAGAACAACAGGCCUCAGUUUCUGUGGAGUCAGAAGUCCUCCAAGCAAAGUAGACCCCAAAAAGUGUUCCUCGUUGUGGCCCCGCUGUCGGUGCUUUAUAACUGGAAAGAUGAGCUGGACACAUGGGGCCACUUCCAGUGUGUGGUGGUCCACGGGCUGAGGAAAGAGGAGGAGCUGGCUCGCAUCAAGAAGGGGCGCAUCGAGAUCGCUCUCACUACCUAUGAAACUCUGCGCCUUUGUCUGGAUCAGUUUAAUAACAUAGACUGGUCUGCUGUGGUUGUGGAUGAGGCCCACAAGAUCAAAAAUCCAAACUCUCAGAUCACUCAGGCCAUGAAGGACCUGAAAUGUAAGGUCAGAGUUGGCCUCACUGGCACCGUCUUACAGAACAACCUCGAGGAGCUGUGGUGUGUCAUGGACUGGGCCUUACCUGGUUGUCUCGGCAGCUUAGGAAAUUUCAAGAACGAGAUUUCAGAUCCGAUUGAGCAAGGGCAGAGGCACAGUGCAACCAAGCGUGCCCUAGCUACAGGGAGGAAGACUGUCAGGGCCCUGGUGAGGAAGAUUUCCCGCUGUUUCCUCAGAAGGACUAAAGCUCUCAUCGGGGAACAGCUGCCUAAGAAGGAUGACAGGGUGGUAUAUUGCUCUCUGACGGACUUCCAGCAGACUGUGUAUCAGACGGUGCUGGACACUGAAGAUGUGACAUUAAUGCUGAGGUCUUCAGAGAAAUGUGACUGUCAAAGCGGACGCACCCGCGGAAGCUGCUGCUACGAAAGAAACGCGGAAGGUGCGCAAAUGAAGGGGCUGUACUUCAGUUACUUGGCCAUAUUGAGGAAGGUUGCCAACCAUACAGCACUGCUUCAGUCCACUGCAGGCUCCAGCAAGAAACAGGAGAAGUAUGUGGGUGCCAUCUGUGCAAAGGUAUUCCAGAAGUUUCCAGACUUUGUGCAGAGAUGCAAAGACAAAGCAUUCGAAGCGUUGUCGGACCCGAUGUACAGUGGAAAGAUGAAGGUUUUGCAGAAGCUGCUGAAACAUUACCUGCAGAGGAGAGAUAAAGUGCUUCUUUUUUCUCUCUCAACCAAGCUGUUGGACGUGCUGGAGAGCUACUGCAUGGCAGAGGGGCUGGACUACAGCAGGCUGGACGGAGCCACCAAAGCCAAAGAGAGACUCCAGAUUGUCAAAGAGUUCAACAGCUCCUCUCACAUCAACCUCUGCCUGGUUUCCACCAUGGCGGGGGGUCUUGGUCUUAACUUCGUUGGGGCUAAUGUGGUUGUGCUCUUCGACCCCACAUGGAACCCAGCCAAUGACCUCCAAGCUAUUGACAGGGCAUAUCGUAUUGGCCAGUGCAGGGACGUGACUGUUCUCAGGCUGAUCUCAUUGGGGACUGUAGAGGAGGUUAUCUACCUCAGACAAGUUUACAAACAGCAAUUGCAAUGCUCAGUUGUGGGCAAGGAGAGUUCGCGGCGGUACUUUGAGGCAGUGCGGGGGCAUGGCAUCCACAAGGGGGAGCUGUUUGGGAUCAAAAACCUCUUCAGGCUGCAGACCAAAGGGACAUGCCUCACCCGGAAGAUACUAGAGCGAGAAGGACGAGUGGAGGCCGGUGUGAUGACCAGCAGCACACACACGGGCGAAGAGAAGGAGGAGGAGGAGAUGAAGGCAGUUAGCGAACCUGGAGAGUCUCCGCCUACAGACGGCCCGGUACCAGAUAAAGAACCAGCCAAGGAGAAAAGAGGUGCAUCGAAGGUCCCCAGAGGGGUGUUGGACUUCAGCAGUGGAAGUGAAGAGGAUGAGGAUGAGCAGGGUCUUAAGAGGAAGGCAUCAAGCCCCAGUGCAGUGGAUGGCAACAUGGGUGGGAGUGCUGCCACUGGUCCUGGUCGAAUGAGUCUCCUCCAGCACGGUUUCUCCAGGCUCCUCGAAAGGGUCAAAGAGAAACCAGAGUUGGCAGAAGGGGACAGUAGUCCGGGUGUCGACGAAAGUCCCUCCGAGGAUGAUGCUGAGGAUCAAAAGAUGGAGAGUACCUCCUCUGGCAUCUGCAAGAACUCCAGUACUAGAAAUGGCGCAAUCUGUCUCCCUAAAUUGGGACUGAAAACGUUGGACAUCUCUAGCGGUUCAGACAGAGAACACAGGGAGGAUGGAGAUAGAGGGAGACAAGAGAGGUUUCCUCUGUUAAAACAAAGUGAUGAUGCUGUAAGAAAGAGAUGGGGCCUGAAAGGGUGGACAAAUAAGAAAAUUACACUCGAUGAGGAAAGCGAUGAAAAUUUCUCACCGGACAAAAAGAAACCGAACAAGCUCAAAACUCCAGUUCCAAAAGCGCGCCGCUUUGAGGGCUACUCGGAUGAAUCUGAGGACUUGGACAUAGAAGCAAAGACGUGGCCCAAGAGGGACCCUUUAAAUUCACAUGGUAGAGGAGGUCACCGUGGGAGAGAGAGGCAAAGUGCUAGUGUUAGGGGCAAGGCCAGAUCCAAAUACACAGAAGACAUAGAUACAUUCACGUCUUCGGAAGAUGAACACACUCCUGUUAAGAAAGGGAGAUCUACGGGAUGUCACUUCACAUCUCCACAGACCAGAUCCAGAGUUGAGUCGGCAAAAGGUGAGCGAAGAGCCGCAACGACCAACAGGACGGAGAGAGAAGCAGGGAUGCCCAAAGCUGUUUCAUUUACAAAUCUGAGAAGUCGGACGUCCCCUGCGUCCAAAGGAAAGGAUGGAACUAUCGACGGUGUGCUAGGGGGUGUACACGAGGUGGCGUACACCCACUCUAACCAGCGCAUGGUGGGCGGGAGCAAAGCAGAGGAGAGGAUCAGCAGAGCUGCUGCACGAGACGUGUUUGAGCGCAAGAUGUACUCUCAGCUCCCGGCUAAUCACCUUCUAGGCACCCAAGAGAGCUUGUCGGCGAGCCCACCAGACAGUCAGCCUUGCCCUCCUCCUGUCAGACCGCAGAAGCCCAGUGUGGACCAUCCAGUCACCUUCGUCGGCAAGAGUGUGCACCACACCAGACACACCACCUUCAUCAUCGGAGAGACUCCCCAGGCCAUACGCAGGCAGCAGCUGGAGGAAAUGGCAGAGAAAUUGAAAUUCUCCUCAGUCCAUCAGUUUGCAGUGGAAAUUCUGAGAGGAAACUCAACCCGGAGACUGGCCUGUCUACGAGAGUAUUACACUUCACUGAACCUCCCUGCCCUGGCCAACACCAUCACAAACAACUUCCCACAACCUGAUUCAGCACAGACCUCCUCUUCAACUGUUACCUCCUCAACAUCCUUCAAAGAGACCGCAAAAUCUCACACACACAGCCGAACCCCACCAAGGGAUGUUCCAAAAGCCAAGAGAAAGCCUAAACACACCGAGAAGAAUCCUGAACCUAAAACUAAGCCUGAAGUCUCACACAAUGUUCCCGUGCCACAGAAACAGUCUAGACACCCACAAAAUGAUGUCCCCGAACCCCAAACAAAGCGGAGAAACCCACAAAACGAUGUUCUAUCACCCGAGAAAAAGCGAAACGUCCCAGAAAAGAAUGUGCUAGAACCUUUAAGUGAUGUUCCGAGCCUUGAGUCAGAGGAGCAGGAGGAGACGGCCUGCAGUGCCAGAGGACAUAAGAGGACAAAGAGGGGUAGUGUUUCUAGUUCUGGAGCCUUCAGAGCUGGUGGUGGUCUUGGCUUGGAUCAGGCCAGCAGCAGUGGUCUGGGGUCUGCGGAGGCUACGGCUUUCCAGAACUGCACAGACAGACGUAUCCCUUCUUCUCCUGACCUCAGCCAUGGCAGGUCCACCACGUUAUCCAAACCCAGAGCACAGGGAAGGGAGAAAGAGCAGAAAAUGUCCUGCGGGACCAGUGAACCUUUUCAGGGCCAGAGAGAGAAUUCUCUGACUUCUCCUCCUGAACAGGCCAAGUCCACCGGCGGUCAUCGCUCCCUCCUCACAGAUCUGAUAGGAGACACCUCGAUUCUCGACGAUCUGUUAAAACCCAAACCCAGAGGUGCACAACGGAGGGGCACCCCAAAAACACCCCCCGCUCCCUCCUCCAUGUCAGUAAGCACGUGUCUCGCCACACCUCCUCCAUCCAGAAUCACUCUCAAUACGGACUCUGGUUCAGCAGGCAUCAUAGACUCUCCAAACAAACCACCUGUACACCAGGUGGUACCAAAGGGCAGUCGCAAAGACUUCUGGGACAUCCUGAAUGAGGGGAAUGAGGAGAGCAUCAACAGGUUAACGGACCCGGCGGAAGUGCAGAGGGUUUGCAUCAACACUAACUUUGCAGCUCGAGGUAGGUCUGCAGAAGACGAGGGCAAGAGUCUCUGGAGGACUAAUGAGAAGUUCCUGUGGAAGAAAUAAUACAGGAGCGACUAUUAGAGUGUUGACAGUUUUCACCUCUGUACCUUUUACCUUUCUUUUAGUUCUAACGGAGAUGUAUAAAAUAUUCAGACUGGAUAUUUAAAGCAGGUUUUUCUGCUUUGGAUUUUCUUAACAGAUUUUCUUAUUUUUAAUUGUCAUAUUCUUUUUAGAAUGUCUAUUUUUAUUUACUGUAAUAACUUGAAAAUAUUCAGUGUUCAUUGGAUUAGUGAGUUACUAGCAUAAUGCUGACUGUUACUUGAAUAAACAGGGUAAACAAUCA